CGGGAGCAGACGUGUGUUUUGUGUUUGUGAAUAUAUACGUAAAUAAAAUGCCGUACAGUGAAGACGAUGAUUCUCAAAAUGGAUUUUCGGAAUCAACACAAGGAAUGUCUAAAGCGGAAUUAAGAAAGACAAAUAAGCCCAUAAUGGAAAAGAAACGGCGCGCGCGCAUCAACAAUUGCCUGAACGAAUUAAAAGAUCUUCUAAUGGAUUCCAUGGAUAAGGACCCAGCGCGUCAUUCUAAACUAGAAAAAGCCGACAUACUCGAGAUGACUGUCAAGCACCUGCAAACACUGCAGAGGCAACAACUAGCCGCUGCAAUAGCAGCCGAUCCAGCUGUUCUGCACCGCUUCAAGGCCGGCUUCGGCGACUGUGCUGUAGAAGUUCGCAGAUACCUCUCAAGACUAGCUAGCGUACCAACAGGCAUUCGCUAUCGACUCGGAAACCACCUCAACUCUUGCAUCUCCGGCAUCGAAAGACUAAACCCCUCAGAAUACGCUCCCUUAGUACCAGAUCCAUUACGUCUAGAUGACGAAAGACCCAGUGCUUUUCACUUCGUCAAAUCAACUAAACCAACGAGCCCACCACUUAGCCCACUUUCUUGUGAUUCAGCUUGCGAUUCCUCCACAGAAUUAGAAACACCUCCACGCCCUGUUCAGAAGUAUCCUUUCCCAACACCUCCGAGCCACUCCGCGUCAGAUCAAGACUCAAGCCCUGAACAGAAAGCGACAGUUUCCUCCACAACAAUAUCGCCAGAAACAUUAAAACAGGAAGCGUUAAGAAAUAAAAAGAUAAUGGAACCCCUCUCUAUUGUGAUUGAUGUGGAAAAUUACAAAAUCGGCAUUGACGCGUCGCCAAAACGCGCAGUGGAUUAUUCGAUACGGCAUAAAUAUAAACGACAUGCUGAAUCUGUAGGACCACCUUCGAAAUUCAUACGUUUGGAUGCAGAAAAAACAGUAACUAUACCAGAAAGACAUACAAUUAUACCAAGACGUGAUCUAAUGGAAGACGUAGCUAACAAGAAAGUCGAAGAUUUGCAUUCAGCAUUCAAACGAAUUCCAGAUAGAAUACCGUCUUACCCAGAGAGAAAGUUAACGAUUCCUCCAAGCAUACCAGCUCCUAUUGAAAUUCCCUUUGAAAGGAGACCGAUUUUGCCUAAAACUGUGAUAAGCCACACUGCUGAAUCUUUAGCGCAAUCUAGUUCAACGAGUACUGAAAGUGCUAAAGAAAAGGUUGAAGCAGAUACUAGUUCAAAAUCUCCAGUUCAAGGCACUUCUAGUACAGAAAUGUGGCGUCCUUGGUGAGUCAACUGUGAUAUAGACUAAGAAAAACGAUUUACCAGAAUCCAAUAAGAUUAUAAAGGCGACAUGCAUUUGCAAUGAGUUAAAGUUUAAUUAUAAGAUGCAACAGAAUAUAUAUGCGUCUAUUUUGAUAAUUAUAAGAGAUCCUGCUUCUUAUUGCAGGAGUAGGUAUACCAAUCUGGGUAUCAUAUUUUAGUUUAUUUUUAUACUUGUUACAUUUAAUGGUGCUAUACAAAGCAGUUGUAACACUAUUAUAGAAUAGAUAUAAGUUAUCUUUAAUUAUAGAAUAUAAUUCGAAGAGACGUGGCUUUAAGAAUUUACCUAUGUGGUAUUCUCGUUUAUUAUUAAACUGUUAUUUUUUUU